AUGCUACGUUCCAGAUUGGUGAAGACAGCUUGCUGGCCAAGGAUCCUAACGGGGCCAAAGCUGUGGUACUCUACGCAGGUGGCCAUGACCCCGGAGGAGAAGAUGAUCACCGAUAAACUGCAACAGGAGCUGCAGCCGGAAGCUUGCAAAGUGCAAGACGUAUCCGGUGGUUGCGGGUCCAUGUUCGCCAUCAAUGUCACUAGUAAGAAGUUUAACGGGCUGACUCUCAUCAAGCAGCACCAGCUGGUAAAUAGGAUCCUGAAGGAAGACAUCUCUAGGUGGCAUGGCCUGCAAUUGACCACUAAGAAGGUAAGCGUGAAGAAUCCGAAAUCGUCGUGA